UUGCUAUCGGCAGCACCUUACCCAGGCAAACAAGGGUCCGGCCAAGGCCCAAUAUAACCCGCUCCCGCCCGCUUUUCAACCAACCCACCCGCUCUCCCUCUUAUCUGGUGACAUCUCGCGCGCGAAUCCGCCGUCCAGCACAGCUGAGCUUCCAUGUCUUUAGUUCAGCAUGUGUCUAAUCUCGAGGGCACGGACAGAGAAGAGGCGCUCAUUGAUUUGUUCCUGCCCCCGCUGGAACGCGCUGCCUCCCUCGACCGCGCAUCGGAGCGUCGCCUUUCCGUCGAGAGCGGCGGCUGGCCCAGCACAAAAUCAGUACGUCGCGUCAUUAGUUACGAUGCUCUGAAGCCGCCAGAGGAAGCGAUUGAAGAGUAUGGCGGUAUAACGCCGUACAAUGUCAGUACUACGAGGCGCAUCGCUCAGGUCUUUACAACGGUACUUGCGUGUUGGUUCGCGAGCGGCAUCGUGUUUGGAUUCGCUGCGCUCAAGCCGAUCCUCCUCAAGGAAGGCGUCUUCAGAGAACUUUGCACGUCGGAAGAGCUGGACGCGGGGGUCGAGGUCUGCUUUGAGCAGGACCUGCGCUUGAACUUUUUCUUCUCGCUCGCAUCGACAACGGCCAAUGUUUCCGCGCUUCCCGUUGGCACACUGCUUGACCGCUACGGGCCAAAGCUAUGCUUUUAUCUAGGCUGCCUUUUCCUUGCCGUCGGAAGCCUUCUGAUGAGCCUCGCCUUUCAGAUUGAAGAAUUCGAUGGCUACACCAUCGGCAACUUCUUUCUCGCCCUUGGUGGCACAUUUGUCUUUCUGCCUUCAUUCCAGGUUGCGAAUGCCUUCCCGAAAUACUCGGGCACGAUUGUCGCCCUAGUCACGGGCGCCUUCGAUGCGUCGGCAGCCGUGUUUUUGUUCUACCGACUGGCGUACCAAGCCAGCGACGGAGCUUUCAAGCCGCAGUACUUCUUCCUCGCCUAUCUUGCGGUGCCUAUCGCGAUUCUAAUAGCGCAGCUCACCUUUUUGCCGAAGGAGAGCUACAAGACGCCACCUCAGCUGGAGAUGAAGAUACACCGCGCCGAGGAUGCUAUGCGAGACGUGCACGAUUCAGACGAGGAGCUGCCAGAUGAUGAGGUAUGGAGACGGCGUAAGAGCCGAAGCGUCCGUCGUCGUCGGCGGUUGAACAAGCUUGACAGGCUAGUCGGAAGCCCCGACACGCGCAAGCGGCGAGAAGAGAAAGAAGAGCAUCGCCAUGAAACCUCCGGUGUCUGGGGUGCUUUGCAUAACAAGAGCGCGAAGGAGCAGAUGCUGACACCCUGGUUCUAUCUUCUGACCUUUCUCACAGUCCUGCAGAUGGUGCGGAUGAACUACUUCAUUGCCACGAUCAGGGAACAGUACGUGUAUAUGCUCGACUCUGUCGAGAAAGCUAUCAGCAUCAACAAUUUCUUCGACUGGGCACUUCCCAUUGGCGGCGUCCUUACUACGCCCUUCCUUGGCCUGCUACUCGACAACGUCAGCACUCCAUCGGUGCUCCUCAUUCUCGUCACUAUGAUCACGGCCAUCGGCAUUAUCGGUUGCAUUCCGGCCAUGUGGGCUGGAUACAUCAACGUCAUUCUCUUCGUCAUCCUCCGUCCCUUCUACUACUCCGCCAUGUCCGACUACGCUACUAAGGUCUUCGGCUUUGCGACUUUCGGCCGCGUCUAUGGCACGAUUAUCUGCUUCUCCGGCCUCAUCAACCUCUCACAAACGGGCAUCGAUGCGCUCACCAAGAGCAAGUUCAACGGCAACCCUAUCCCGGUCAAUGCGUUCUUGGCUGUUGCUGGAUUUGUUAUUGGCGUGGCGUUGGUUACGUACGUCAGUGUGCAAACAUUCCUCGUGCAUAAGAAGCUGCAGGAUGAAGACGCGAUGACAGUUACCAAUACCGAGGUGGACAGCGUUUUAGACAGUUUGCUAGAAGAGGAGGAACCUAGGGGGUAUGGCAGCACUACUGCUCCGCGGCAAUCAUGGGAGUACUAAAACUUUUUGGAGAUUGCAAAUUAGUACGGAUACGAUCAACGGCUACCAUUACGGACACAAACGGUUUCAACGGACGAGUUCAAUUCGGCACAAAAGGAUUAUCUCUAUUCAACGACUUCAAAUCGGUACAAAAAGGUUCCUUCCUAUCCGUCUUACAACAUUUGGUCAAUUGCGUCUUAGCGGUGGAGUUGGAGCUCUCUUCAAGGUCUCUCGCGCGUUCCGGAUUCCAUGGUUCGACUGUUA